AUAUUUUUAGUUAACCUAUUAAUUCUUAUUAUUCCAGUGCUAUUAGCAGUCGCCUUCCUUACACUUCUUGAACGCAAAAUUCUAGGCUAUAUACAAUUCCGAAAAGGACCUAACAUUGUAGGAGCCCAUGGCCUCCUUCAACCUAUUGCAGAUGCUGUUAAACUCUUCACAAAAGAGCCCCUACGACCUCUCACCUCUUCGAUCUACAUAUUUAUUCUUGCCCCAAUUCUAGCUUUAUCCCUAGCCCUAACAAUCUGAAUUCCACUCCCCAUACCUCUUCCCCUCAUUGAUCUAAAUCUAGGACUCCUCUUCGUACUAUCAGUGUCUGGACUUUCCGUAUACUCAAUUCUAUGAUCAGGAUGAGCCUCGAACUCUAAAUAUGCUCUAACAGGAGCUUUGCGAGCCGUAGCCCAAACCAUCUCAUAUGAAGUAACCCUAGCUAUCAUUCUUCUUUCAAUCAUAUUAAUCAAUGGGUCAUUCACCUUAACUACCUUAAAUUUAACCCAAGAAUAUAUAUGACUAAUUGUACCAACCUGACCAUUAAUACUUAUAUGAUUUAUUUCAACACUAGCUGAAACUAACCGAGCACCCUUUGAUCUCACAGAAGGAGAAUCUGAACUAGUCUCCGGUUUUAACGUAGAAUACGCAGCAGGACCAUUUGCUAUGUUUUUCCUAGCAGAGUAUGCUAAUAUUAUUAUUAUAAAUGCCCUUACAGUAAUCCUAUUUUUCGGCACUUAUCACUUGAUCUUUCUACCCGAAAUAUCUACAACAACUUUCAUAAUUAAAACCAUAUUAUUAACCUCCCUAUUCCUAUGAAUCCGAGCAUCUUAUCCACGAUUUCGCUAUGAUCAACUCAUACACUUAUUAUGAAAAAACUUCUUACCAAUCACACUCGUUACAUGUCUCUGAUACAUCAUACUCCCUACCACAUUAUCAGGACUGCCACCACAAAUAUAA